AUGGCGCCGACUAUAUGUGAGAUCUGUGAAACCUCGCGAGCAGCAGUCAUCCGACCAAAGAACUCCCAGAAGAUCUGCAAACAAUGUUUUCUGUCCGUAUUCGAGGCCGAAGUUCACGACACCAUCGUGAGCAACAAACUGUUCCGUCGUGGCGAACGUGUUGCCAUCGGCGCAUCUGGUGGCAAGGACUCGACAGUUCUCGCUUCGGUGCUAAAGACUCUGAAUGAACGUUACGACUACGGCGUUGAUCUCGUCCUCUUGUCCAUCGACGAAGGUAUCAAGGGUUACCGAGAUGACAGCCUUGAGACGGUCAAGCGGAAUGCCGUGCAGUACGAAAUGCCCCUCGAAAUUGUUGGAUAUGACCAGCUGUAUGGAUGGACGAUGGACCAAGUCGUGGCCCAGGUAGGCAAGAAGGGGAACUGCACCUACUGCGGUGUAUUUCGCAGACAAGCCCUGGAUCGAGGGGCCGCAAAGUUGGGCAUCAAACACGUCGUAACCGGUCACAACGCUGACGAUGUUGCUGAAACCGUCAUGAUGAAUCUACUUCGUGGCGACCUUCCUCGACUUGCGAGAGCAACUUCUAUUAUGACAUCCUCCUCCGCGAGUGAGAUCAAAAGGAGCAAGCCGCUAAAGUAUGCCUAUGAGAAGGAAAUUGUUCUCUACGCUUACCACAAGAAAUUGGAUUACUUCAGCACCGAGUGCAUUUACUCACCAGAGGCCUUUAGAGGGAGCGCGAGGACCUUGAUCAAAGACUUGGAGAAGAUUCGACCCAGUAGCAUACUGGAUAUUGUUAGGAGCGGAGAGGACAUGGCAUCGCUGGUGCCCCCUGAACUGGCAAGUUCUACGUCUUGUGCUGCUGAAGGCGAUGAGCAGGCAAAUGGCUGUGGCAAUCAAAACCAGACCAGCGACUCCAUGGUCCGAUUGGAGAAGGAUCUGACCGCGAACGAAGCCGCUGCAGAACGUGAAACAGAGAUUCGACUCCCCCAGCAAGGAGUGCAGCCAAGUAUUCACGACAAGAAACGGCGAGGACGUCGGAAAGUGGUCAAACAAGUCAUGGGUCAAUAUUUGCAAGGCUUGCUCUCUGCUGGAAGGGCUUAA